AAAAAUGUUUGUGAAACACAUAUUAUUUGUUGUAAAUUUCUUAGCGCUAAUGUUUCUUGAAGUUUCCUCAGAUAAUGUUCAAGUAACCACAAAUGAAGGUACCAUCUUAGGAAAGACUUCGUUAUCAGAAAAAAAUCAUAAGAUGUAUAUGUUCCAUGGUAUACCAUAUGCAGAACCACCUAAAAGAUUCGAGCUGUCUGUUGCAAAAUCCAAUUGGACUGGUGUUUUGGACUGUACAAGAGAAAGGGCACAAUGUGUGCAAGGUAGAGGCAUAAUAGUGCAAGGUUCGGAAGACUGUCUAUUUUUAAACGUAGCUAGUCCAAAUCUAAAUGGAACAGCUCCCGUUAUGGUGUUUAUUCAUGGGGGUACCUUCAAGAAUGGAACUGGAUCGUUAAUAACAAAUUCCCCCGAACUAUUCUUGGAAGAAGGUCUAGUGGUAGUAGGUAUUGAGUACCGAGUAGGCGUAUUUGGAUUUUUAAGUACCGGAGAUCUGACCUGUCCAGGAAACUGGGGUCUAAAAGACCAAACUCUUGCUCUACAAUGGGUCCAACGGAAUAUAGCUAAUUUUGGAGGGGAUCCUAAACGCGUAACAAUUUGGGGACAAAGUGCCGGUGCAGUAUCUGUUUCUCUACAUUUAACUUCUAAAAGGUCUAAAGGACUAUUUAGAGGAGCUAUUAUGAACAGUGGAGUUUCUUUGUGUUUAUGGGGAUUAUCGAGAACGGGUAAUGAACUGGCUCAUAAUAUAGGAACCAAGUUGGGUGUAGGAUCCGCAAAUUCGAGCCAGUUAAUAGAAAAUUUAAAAAAAGUUGAUUAUGUUAGUAUACAAAGUGUUUCAGAUUUGUUGUCAGUUGAGGCGUUUAACAAUUACCCAUUAACUGGUAUCGCCCUAGGACCAGUUCUAGAAGUUCCACAUCCAACAGCUUUCUUGACUGUUAAAAGUGAUAAUUCCAUAUUAUCAGGACAAUUCACUCGGGUUCCCGUAUUAGUGGGAUAUAACACAAAUGAAGUCGGCAUUAUGGCUCCACUCGCAUUUUCGGGUUCUGUACCAACAUUACAAUCCGAACCAAAAAAAUUUGUACCAGUAGAUAUAAUUUCCGACAAGAAUUUGACGGAAGCGGGACUUAAAAUCAGAAAAGAAUUUUUUGGAAAUGCACCAUAUAUUACAAUGGACAGUAACUUAAUAAACUUCAUCAAUAUUGAUGUGUUUGUCAAACCUAUCCAUAGAUUUGUCUUUGAUGUUAAAAAAUAUGUACCUGAUACGUAUUUGUACCAGUUUAGCUACAAGGGAGAUCUUAUAAGGACACUUACGUUUUUAUUUAAUAUAAAAGGUACUGUACAUGGUGAAGACAUGUACUACCUAUUUAAGUCUAAUUUUCCAUUUUCUCAGAAAGACUUGAAAAUAAGAAGUAAAAUGGUUAAAAUGUGGUCCAACUUCUGUAAAUACAG